CAGCAGUUCACAGCAGGUACACCGGCCGGCCGCCCAAAAAGCGACCGACAGCGAUUCCGUGACCUGCGACCUGCAUGCAUAAGUGCGAAUCGAGACUUGGGAAAGCGGCAAGUCAUUUGGUGGCUUUUGAGAAGAACCGUUCGUCUUGAAUCAUCUGAGCAAUGGGGGCAUUGACCAAUGAAAACAAUGACACGAAAAAUCCAGCUCGGUCAGCUCGGGAACCGGUGACAUCAGAGAUACGCGACGGUGAGUGUUGCGGGGACUGUAGAGUUCUGGGGGAAAGUUAGUAAUCAAGAGAAAGGUGUGCAGAUUCAAGUUCCAUGACGAGCGUAUGUUUUGAAGGCAGACAAUAGUCAGACCCAGAAGCUGCUCACUCAGGUGUAUCAUGUUCCAAUAAGACCAUGCUCGCACCAACUGGUGUGCGUAGCGGGACAAGGAACGAGCAACAAAGUUAUGCGUAUAUUUGAAAAUACAACAAUUCUGCUAUCUUGGUUUGUUGACCCAGUACCCACACACAA